AGUUGGACUUUGGCGCCGGAAGAGCUUCAUUCAAGCCUCACCGCGAAUGAAGCCUCGAACGAGACAUUAGCUCAGCGUCUUCAGUCGUCAAAGAAUUCUAACAAAACUAUUAGUUCCAAAAGAAUGCCAACGAGGAGCUCGUUGCGCUGACCCCCGCAGCUUUUCGCCGCCAUUCAGACGUCCAACGCUGCAGAAAGAUGAGCGGCAAGGCCAACAAGGAGUUUGAGGAGCAGCUGCGCCUUCAGGAGCUGUACAGCAAGACAAGCCAUGAUGCCUCCAAUCCGUUCACGUACACGGACCCCAACGACGGCACAGUGUACGACUGGGACCACGACAAGAAAGCUUGGUUCCCCAAAAUUACAGAGGACUUCAUGGCGGCGUACCAGGCUAACUACGGCUUCAAUCAGGAAGGCAACCCUGACGCCGCUGCUGCCGCCGCCGCCGCCGCCACUAAGCCCGUCGCCACAGAAGGGGAGAAGCGGCCAGCAGCUGAGGAAGAGGCGAUAUCGGAGCAGCAGACAAGCACAGGCGUAGACGGCAAGCGCAAAGGAGAAAAGAGGAAACCGGAUCCGGGCUGGUUCGACAUGGAGGACACCAAGAACACCAACGUGUACGUGUCCGGCCUGCCCCCAGACACCAGCACUGAGGAAUUUGUGGAGCUGAUGUCCAAGUGCGGCAUCGUCAUGAGAGACCCCAUCACUGAAGACUACAAAGUCAAACUGUACAAGGACAAAGACGGCAACCUGAAAGGAGACGGACUCUGCUGCUACCUCAAGAGGGAGUCGGUGGAGUUGGCUGUGCGUCUUAUGGACGAGUCCGAGAUCAGAGGCUACAAAGUGCACGUGGAGGCGGCUCGCUUCCAACUCAAAGGCCAAUACGACGCCAGCAAGAAGAAGAAAAAGAACAAGGACUACCGCAAGAAGAUGCAGAUGCAGCAAAAGCAGUUGGACUGGAGGCCCGAGAAGCAAGGAGACGCCAGGAAGCGACACGAAAAGGUCGUCAUCAUCAGGAAUAUGUUUCAUCCGACUGACUUUGAGGAGGACCCUCUGGUUCUGAACGAAUACCGCGAAGACCUGCGCUCAGAGUGCGAGAAGUUCGGCGAGGUCAAGAAGGUCAUCCUGUUUGACAGGCAUCCGGACGGCGUGGCCUCAGUGGCCUUCAAGGAGCAGGAGCAUGCCGACGCCUGUAUCCUGUCCUUCCACGGGCGCUGGUUCGGAGGUCGCCAGCUUAGCGCGCAGCUGUGGGACGGCACCACCGACUAUCAGGUGGAGGAGACGAGCCGUGAACGUGAAGAGCGCCUGAAAGGUUGGUCGUCUUUCCUGGAGGGGGCGCAGCAGGGCGGAGGUCCCAACCUCCCACCGGGUGGCGCCACAGAGGCGUCCAGCGCCGCGCCGCCAAAAAACACAUCGCAGCCGCAGCCUGACAAAACGCAGGAAGGCAAAAAAGAGGACGACGAUGACGCCAAGUCCACCGACAGCAGCCUGGCGGGGAGCGAUGACGAUGACAACGCUUGACGGGAGAGAUCGGAACCGAGACUUCACCAAGUAGCUUCACACGUCCACUUAAACCACGUCAAAUUCAUUUUCAUGAAAGUUAUCAUUUAGACUCUGAAAAUUACCUCAUCAUAUUAUGACAACAGCAAAAGUAAACUUGAAUCAAGAUUGGAAGAUUGAUGUAAAAUUACAACACAUUGCAAUCAUGUCAGGGAAAAAAAAAAAAAAAAGGCAAGUUUGACAUUCGGCAAAAUCAAAUGAAGCAAAAAUAAUUCCUUCUGGUUGAGGUGGCUAGCAGAGUCCUUUUUUCCUCAUUUUAUAAGUGGAGGCACUCUUAUCUCAAGGCACCCUCCACUUUCCAAUUCAUGGAUUUGAUGUAAAUGAACUUGUAGAACUGCUUCCAGUGUGGGAAGAUUAGUUUUCUUCUCAACUUAUAUUAGGAAGUAAACAGGCCGUGGGGUCACAAAUGUGAAUAUGUCCAUGGAUUCAGGUGCGCCAUCUAAUGCUAAAGUUAACUGCUAAAUAAAGCAACACCUCCA